GCGAAAGCUCGGUUUCCAGGAUACUGAUUUCAUUACUAAAGUUACAGAAGAAGCACCGGGUUUUUAACUCUUCAGAUAAUCAUGGAGAAGAUAACAGAGAAGCUCCUGCUGGAGAAAGGCUCUCCAAAAGCCACCAAACUGGAGAAGAUCAAGACCCUGAACCUCUCUAAGCUGACUCUGAAACUGGAGGAUCUCCCGGUGCCUCUUCUCUCCCGUCUUUCUUCCCUGGAGCGCUGGGAUCUCUCUGGGAACCGACUGGAGGAGUUUCCCCGCCGCCUGGAGCUUCCUGCGCUCAGACACCUGGAUCUGAGCGACAACCAGAUGGAGGACGUGACGUCUCUGGAGGCUCUGAGCGGCCUGGAGGAGCUGAAGCUGGAGGACAACCUCUACAUCACCGUGAGUGAUAACCACAAGCUGAUGGUGUUGCUUCCCAAACUCAGGAUGUAUAACGGGAAAGACGUCACGUCCUCCGCUAACCACCUGCGCUUCGUCUACAGUGCGAACCUCCAGACACGGAUCAUUGCAGUUUGGGAGAAGCACUUUAGUCUCCCGGACCCCGUCACGGCGGAACUGUCGGCUCUGAGGAAAGACUUUGUGAUCGCAGCCAGUCAACAAGUUCGAUUCGGACCCAGCUCCGUCAGCGACUUCACCAAGUGGAGGGUGGAGAUCAUGGCGAAGGAGUAUCUGAUCUCUCUGACUGAACAAGAAAGACCGGAGAUUCAAGAUUCUCCUGAACCCAAAGAGACUCAAGUUGUCCCAGUGACCCCCACCAAGAGGAAACAGCUUCCCUCUGAGAGGAUCAGUCUGACGCCUCGGAAGAAACUACGACACUCAGAUCUCCCAGAAUCCCCGGCCGAAAGCAGUCCUCGUAAAUCCAACCGUAAAGUACAGAUGCUAACGGAGAGUAGCAUCUCAGUGAGGAUGAGCCCCCGAAAGAAGAACCAGCCUCCCCCAAAUCUCACCCCCGUCAGAGGGCAAACGACUCCCCGCAGAGGAGCCAAAGUUCAGCCAAUCAGAGAGGAGGAAGUGGAGGUGAUUAAACAGAAGAAGAAAAAAGAGGAGCUGCAGAAAGAAGAUGUGAUGUCAUCAUUUAAGAGCUGCGGAAACACACAGCCGGUGUCUCUGAAGCCUCUCCAUGUUCUCCAGUGUCACAGUAAGCAGGACAAAGAGGAUUUCUCCACUCAGCUGUGGGCCUGUGCCUUUGAGCCUCAGUCAGAAACAGGCUCUGGAGGUCGUCUGGUGGCGACGUGCGGAGGAGAUUCUCUCUGUGUGAUCGACUGUGAGACCGGGAUGGUGAUGAAGAAAUACAAAGUCUCUGGAGAGGAGUUCUUCUCUCUGGCCUGGUCCACGGUGCUGAUGACCCGUGGGGGGGGCUCCUCAGCUCAGCCCUGCAACGUGCUGGCAGCGGGGGGGAAGAGAGGUCUGGUGAAACUCAUCCAUCCCAGAAACAACGUGGCGUUCGGAGAGUUCAGAGCCAGCAGGAAGUCUCUGUCCGUGCUGUGCUUCAACCACAGGCAGGGCAACUUCCUGUUCACGGGAUCGUACGAUAACAAGAUCGUGAUGUGGGACAUCGGGGGGCUCGACAGCCAGUACAACUACAAAGUCAUUCAGCUGCUGGUGCUGGAGGUCAGCUCCCCCCCCCUUCACCUCUGCCUCCCCCCCUCCUCCCCCUCCUCCCAGCUGCUGACGGCCUGUGAGGACGGGCUCUACUUCUACAAAACACAGCUGGAGACCAAGAGCUCCAACAAGAGUCGCUCAAAAGAGAUGGAGAUCACGUUCCCUGUUUAUAAAAAGGAGGACAAGGAUCACGAUUAUCACACCGUGGACGGACUCAGCUUCCUCACGGACGACAUCGUGGCUUCUAAGAACUUUCUCCACAGCAGUAUCUAUCUGUGGAGUUUGAGCAGAACGACGGCCCAGCGACCCGAUAAGAGCCUGAGUGUGAGUGCUGUGGUUCUGAUGGAGCUGCAGUGGACCAGCACUGAGGUUCCUUACCUGGCUCUGAACACCUGUCCAGGUCGAGGAUACAUAGUGUGUGGAGAUGAUAAAGGCCGGCUGUGGACGUACCACAUCACCAACCUGCAGAAGAACAACUUCCAGAGCGGGAAACCCAUCCAACCCACACAGGUGUUGGAUUGGCCGUCCCCGAUGAGGAAGGGCCUCGGGGGGGUGGAGGGUCCCUCCAUCAACAGCGUAGCGAUGGAUCCUGAACUCCAGUACCUGGUGGCCCUCAGCGACAAAAACAUGGUGAUCGUUUGGAAGAGAGCGGAGAAUUUGAGGAAAUGCUGAGUUUCAUUUGUAAGAAAAACUGAUCAGACUGUACCACACCAU